UUGUGGGCCCAGAGGUGAUAUUAUCGUGUCCAAACAAGAACGGAGAAGUCAUUCUUCGCUAAGGGGGGCUAAGGCAAUGGACUGACGAGAACUCUUUCAAAAUCAUGGCGGUAACUAAAACAGCAAUCGCCGUGUUGUUCUUAUUCCUGUUGCUACCGACGGGGACUGAUCUGGUGAAAAUUCACAGAGCUUCACCGCGAAAUUUCAAGCCAAAAACUCCGGAAAGCGGUUGGUUGUCGUUCUGUCGUUUCCUUCCCGACAUCUCCAAACUUGUUGUGAAUAAAGAGGCUUGGGUUUUUACAAUUCCCGCCACCAUUCUUGUGGGAUUAUGUGGAGUGUUACCAGUGCUUCUUAUACCAGUGGAAUCUGGCCAUGCUUUGAGAGAAGGGGUUACUGCCGACCACUUGAGACUGCUUCUCAGUUUUGCAGUGGGUGGGUUACUUGGUGAUGUAUUUCUUCACCUUUUGCCAGAGGCAUGGUCAUCAGGGGACAAAGGUGAUGACUCCCACUCUGUGAAUUUCUUUGUUGGAAUGUGGGUGAUAGUUGGGUUGUUUUUAUUCUUCAUCUUGGAGAAGGCUUUUGGAGAGGAUGAUGAGGAGGAGGAAUCUACUAAGCAAAAAGAAAAAGUUGAAGUCAUUCAAAAUGGAGCUGCCAAAAAUUCCAAAAUUUUACAGAAUGGGCAUUCACAUGCACACAUGAAUGGAACAAGUCAUCAUCAACAAAACGAUGUCAGAAAAAGACAUACUGAGAAUGCGAAAUCAUCACCAGACCCAAUAAAGUCUGAAAUUGAUGGCGAGCAUAGUGAAGAUGAAAAAGAACAUAAAAUUAAGGUUGUUGGGUAUUUAAAUUUGUUUGCAAAUAUUAUUGAUAAUUUCACUCAUGGAUUGGCGAUAGCUGGAAGCUUUUUAGUCAGUAGAAAGGUUGGAAUGUGCACAACAUGUGCGAUAUUACUGCAUGAAAUACCCCAUGAGGUGGGGGACUUUGCAAUACUCCUGAGAUCAGGAUUUAAUAAAAAGGAUGCAGCCAUUGCACAGAUUAGCACAGCAUCUGGUGGUAUUUUUGGAGCUGUUGUAGGGCUAAUUGCAGAGCAUGCAGGUGAUACGACAGCAUGGAUUCUACCUUUGAGUUCUGGGGGAUUUAUUUACAUCGCCAUGGUAACAAUCAUCCCUGAGCUUCUCCAAGAAAAGAGACCAAUGGAAUCUGUGAAACAGGUGAUUAUGAUGAUACUUGGAGUUGCAUCCAUGGCGCUGGUCUCAUUUCUUCACUAAAAGCUGCCUGAUACUUGCACCAAGAAAAUAGAGCUAGUUUUAUACUGAGUAGCAAGAGGAAUCCUGGUAUAUUUUGAUACAACACAACAUGGGAUAAGUUAUUAUUUGUGUAUUUUCCCUGUCAGAAAUGUUAUACGGUGUUCUUACUACACAUUUCCCUCUAUAUUAGAAGUGCAUUGUUUUGUUCAAGGAAAAGUGUAUGUUUUGUAAUGCUUCUGGAGUUCCAAUAUGGUUGUGCCAGUCCAAAAAAUAAAUAGGUAGAGCUUACCCUCCUCAUAACAAACUAAAACUGCUAGAAGCCAUCAAAAUAAAGACUUUUCCUUAGAAAAAAAACAUUCUGCAGGCACGGUCUACAUCCAAACAAAUGUUUACAGAUCACAAAAAGGUAUAGUAGUGUAGGCCAGGAUAGGUGUGAUGACCAGGGUACAUGCGUACACACCCCUUUGGCCACCCAAAGUGGGUCAUUUCCAUUUGAAGGGUUGUCAAAAUGCAAUGCUACCCUUUUUCCAUUUGUUUGUCUGCGCACACCACCUCGGUGAAUCUUGGUUAUGUGCCUGCUGCUGAACUUUCAUAAAGUUGCAAAAAGCAGAAACGAAUCUUAGCUUCCUUUUCAUCCAGUCGGGAUGAGAUAGGCUGGGAUAUUAGAUGUGAUCUUAGAAUUUACACCUAAUGCAAAAAAACAUUGUCAGUGCUAAUUGCCAAUGCCAUUUUUAGGACCAAAAGAUGCUUAUAAGUACUAAUUAGUUGUAAAAGCAAAGGUAAUGAAUAGUAGAGAGCACGAUUUCUUAGGGUCGUAGAAUUGCAAUUUGCCAUCUGCACUGACGUUUUUCGAGUUAGGUUUUUAACUUCCAACUCCAAGAGUUGACAAAAAACAUGACAGACCUCCAAACUUGAAGGCAUUCAUUCUAUCGAAAAAGUGACAUUUAGUAAGGACCCUUUUGGGCCCCAGUGUACGUUAAGGGAUGGUUUUGUUAUUAUUAAUGGUUCUGUGAUAGCAUGGGAUACCUAUGUCUACUAAUGGUAAGGGGUCUAUUUGAGCUUCUAUCAAUCAAUGAUCUACACUCAUCUGAAAUUUCACAUACAAAUUGUCAUUUCAUUCAAAUUUGUCGAACUCCAAAUCCAUUUAAUUUGUACAUAAUUAUUUCAUCACAAAAACCCUUUGGUUUAAUUUUAUUUUGUAAAGAAAUGUAGGGUGUGGUUAGUUCGUGACUAUAUAAUUUGAAUUAUUAUACAUGUAGAAUUGUAUCAUUCAAUACACUGAAAAUGAGUAAAUAAAUAUAAUACCAUCAA